GGGUGGGGCAAGAUCUUUGACAUUCGUGCGAAGAGUGAAAAGUUUUAGUAAUAACUGAACUUGUUUUUCACUGUGCGACGAGAUAAUAAAGUGAUCGUUCCCGACUGAGAAUAGUGAGCAGGUCAGGUACGAGGUCAUUCACGUGGACUGGCUGUUAGCCGAAGCUUCUCCCAUGCUUCCUCUGGAAGCACUGGAGCUUUUUUUUUAUAUAAAAUAAAUAAAACAGUUUGUGUGACCUGUGCCACGUCGAAUGCUGGAAGCCAGUUUCGUACCGCUUGCUGAACACGGCAAUAACAACUUACUUCUUUUUGAAUACCAACACUAUCUCUUUCGCUUAACGAAAUAAAUUAAGCGUAACGAGUGCUGUGGCACUUGUCGCAGAGCCUGGCGCGAUGGUGAUCAAGAAGGUGUGCUGCAUCGGCGCGGGGUACGUGGGCGGCCCGACCUGCAGCGUGAUGGCUCUCAAGUGCCCCAACAUCGUGGUCACCGUGGUCGACAAGAGCCGGGACAGGAUAGCCCAGUGGAACUCGGACAAGCUGCCCAUCUACGAGCCAGGCCUCGAUGAAGUCGUGAAGCAGUGCAGGGGGCGCAACCUGUUCUUCUCGACGGACGUCAACACGGCCAUCAAAGAGGCAGACCUCAUAUUCAUCUCGGUCAACACUCCUACCAAGACCUCGGGCAACGGGAGGGGUCGGGCCGCGGACCUCAAGUACGUGGAGGGAGCGGCGCGCAUGAUCGCGGAGGUCGCCACCUCCAGCAAGAUCGUGGUGGAGAAGAGCACCGUGCCGGUCAAGGCUGCGGAGAGCAUCCUCACCAUCCUGAUGGCCAACCAGAAGCCGGGUGUCACCUACCAGAUCCUGUCGAACCCCGAGUUCCUGGCGGAGGGCACGGCCAUCAACGACCUGGUGCACGCGGACCGCGUGCUUAUUGGCGGGGAAGACUCGCCGGGCGGCCAGGCGGCCAUCGAGGAGCUGUGCUGGGUGUACGAGCACUGGAUCUGCCGUCGCAACAUCAUCACCAUGAACACCUGGUCCUCGGAGCUGUCCAAGCUGGCCGCGAACGCCUUCCUGGCCCAGCGCAUAUCCAGCAUCAACUCGCUGUCCGCGGUGUGCGAGUCGACUGGGGCGGACAUCUCCGAGGUGGCCCGGGCGGUCGGGCUGGACUCCAGGAUCGGGCCCAAGUUCCUGCAGGCCUCAGUGGGUUUCGGAGGUAGCUGCUUCCAGAAGGACAUCCUGAACCUGGUGUACAUCUGCGAGAGUUUGAACCUCCACGAGGUGGCUACGUAUUGGCAGCAGGUCAUUGACAUGAAUGACUACCAGAAGUCACGUUUCGCCUCAAGGGUGAUAGAGUCGCUUUUCAACACCGUGUCCGGGAAGCAGAUCGCGAUUCUCGGUUUUGCAUUCAAGAAGGACACUGGAGACACCCGAGAGUCGCCGGCCAUUCACGUCGCUGGGAAGUUGCUGUUAGAAGGCGCGAAACUCCACGUGUACGAUCCAAAGGUGGAACACGAGCAGAUAAUGGAGGACCUGACUCACCCGAGCAUCACUGAGGAGCCCGAGGAAGUGAGGAAGAACGUGGUUCUGUACAACGACCCCUACUCAGCGACGUCGGAUACACACGCCAUAGUGCUGUGUACCGAGUGGGAUGAGUUCGUGAAACUCGACUACCGGCGUAUCUACAACUCGAUGAUGAAGCCAGCGUACAUCUUUGACGGCAGGAAGAUACUGGAUCACGAGAAGCUGGAGAAGAUCGGCUUCACAGUCCAGACGAUCGGCAAGCGUCUGUCGAGGACGGUGGUACCGCGGGCGUGGGCGAGCAUCGUGCAGGUCUGAGCGACGUCGAAGUGUCACGUCCAACCUGCCUGCGGACCCUGUCAGCACGAACUCACUUUCGUGUGGAAAAGUAACUACAGAUCUUCCGUGCAUAUACUUUUUUUUAACUGAGUGCUGUGUAUCUGGAAUCGCAGUCAUGUUACUGUUCAAGGACUGGGUGAUUGUUUAAACACUUACCUACCUGUUGUUUUUUAUGGUGCUUGUUAUACACAGGAUUCAUGAGGCGUUAUGGCCUCUCACAGAGCUUAUUCCUUGUAUUGUUUGGAGCAAGAUAUGUCGUACAAAUGUGGGUCCUGUUCCCAAUAUUUACAUAGAAAUACAACAGAUUGGAAAUGCCUCACGAUAAACAACUUAUUGCAUGUGGGAAUGGAUGAAGGGCAUUGUUUACCAGAGGACUGCACAAACACGUGAGGAACUACUUGCUACAUCAUGCAAGCCACUGCAGUAAUCAAAGAUAGCCUUGUGGAGCUACCUACAUAAACGUGCGCAAAAUAGUAUGUGAGAGCAGACUGAAACAUUUUUGAACAUAUUUUUUAUGCUCGUUAUUCGCAAUUGUGAUCCCUAAAUGUAAACAGUACAUUAAGAUACAUCACUGCAUCUGCCCCUCAAGUAGGUUACAAUUGUAUUCGUCAUUUUCUAUUGUUUUUAAUUACAGUGUAAGUAUUUUUUUUUAUACGAAGUGAACAUCAAAUUUAAUGUUUAAAAUAUUCGCGAAUAUUGUUUUCGGCGAAGCUGUACUUAUUACACUUAUUGUAUAAUAUACAGGAUAGAAGUAAAAAAAAUAAUUGUUUUGUGUUUGUAAUGUUUGAACGGAUUAAGUGAUUAACUAAUUGUGCCCUAUGCAUAAUCAUUCUCUAAAAAUUAUAAAAUAACCAUGCAUAAUAUUAUUAAUGAGCAUUCAUAAAAGCACACAGAGUGCCAUAUAUGGAAUAUUUAAAGUAUUGAAUUUAUUCAAACAAAUGAUAUACAACAUUUGAAAAAUUAAUGAAUAUUUUCAUGAGCGAAUCUUAGAUUUCCAAUGUCUUAGAACUUUGCAACAAAUGUAAAGUUUCAUAUCAGAUGCAAAGCUUCAAAUGAAACAAAUAGUAAAUUUCCUGGUGAAGUCAAAUUGAAUAUUAAAAAGAGCUUCGAUUGAUUUGCUUAGUCAAAGCUUCGCACAGGCCUAGUAUUGGGAACAAGACCCACAUUUAUGUGACAUAUUGGCUCCGAACAAAAAAGGGCAAUAGCCCUGUGGUUGGUAGUAAUUUUUCGUGAAUCAUCUCGUAUAUUCUUUAUUUCAGAACUAACUUAGAUUGCAUUUGUGUGGAAAAGGAAGUCUGUAAGAUCGACUUUCACUCGUGAAUCAAGUGCUACUUCUGUAUUUGUGUUGCAGUCAGUUGAAGCAAGUGUCGCUUUGAACAAGAUCUGAAAUACAAGAUAAUUUAUUUUGUAGGAAUGAAUCUGAGAAAAAUAUUCAUAAAACUAGUGCAUUCAGCAGAUACAGAACCACAAAAAACCAGGAUGACCAAAGUAAAUCUAAAUUAUUUUAUGAACCCCAUUUAUGUAUUUAUUUUAUUAGAAAUUUUGUGAGUCUCUUAGUCAUUUAAAAUAAGAGGCCUAGGACAUACAGGAUAAUUUCUGAAAAAUAUUUCUGGGUGAAAAAAAAUUGGAAAUUCUGGUCAAUCAUCUUUUUGGAAGAGAAAUGCUUUUAAACUUUUUAACAGACCUGGUACAAAAUUACUGGAAGUUUUCCAAAUUUUAAUUCAAGCUACUUUAAAAAAAGACUAUGUUUUAUUAUCUUUUUCUAUGUGUUUAUGGCCUGGAGAAAGACUUUUGAGUACUCUGGAGCAGCCAUUCAUGACAUGUUUGUGUUACUAAAACCUGUCCUAUUAUCUACUGGAGUGAUUUGGUAUUGUAAGCUCUCUCACCUUUUUUUCUUGUGAAAAAAAACUUCUUCGUUUCGUGAAUUUUCGCACAGUUUUUAUGGCAUAUUAGAUAUAAUUAUGGACGUUAUAGUUUUUUUGACAGUUUCUUUAUUACAGUUAUUUUUUCAAUACAUAAAAAUUGAGUGUCAAAAUGUUGGGCAUCAGUCUACCUUCAAAAUGUUUAAUUUUAGUAAAACUCACCUCAAACAUUUUGCUUAGAGACUGUCUGAUAGUUGUUAUCAUUUAUUUGAGUCAGUCAGGCAUUUCUGUGUGACAACUAUUGCCAUCAAUUUCGCACUAACAAAAAAGAAGGUGUGUUAGCUUUUAUAUGUAUGUAUGUAUGUAUAUAUAUAGGCACACAAAAUUUUUUUAUUAUUAAAAAAAGUUUGUAAUGGAUGACUACAGGCGAUCCUUGGAGUGUGGUAAGUUUUUGUUUGUGUUUUUCACUGGUCUUUGAUGUUUUAUUUUUAUUUUACUGAUUCCUCUUAUGUAGCUCCUUUUGUUAGCUCUUCAGCUCUUCCAGGAACAUUAGGUAUGUAUCUUGGUAAUACAAUAGUGGUAGGCUCUAGUGUUCCACCCUCUGUUGAGGAAGGAACACUGCCGAUAGUAGAUUUUCGUCACCCUCGUAGCAUUUGGAGGAUUUGGGUGGAAAAAAAUCAAGCCUAACUUUUAAAUAGGUAUCAGUUUUUUUCCCUGUUGCUGUCAGAAGUUUUCUGUGAUUUUUCCAAUUUUUUUUUUAACUGCAACAGUUAGUGAUUUCAAGUGAACAUACAGCAAUAAGAUGGACUGAAAUGGAAAUGUGCUCAGAAUUAUUGUGAUAUAAAUUAUACAGUAUAUCAUCUACAAAUUUUUAGGGCACAAAAAAUUGUUGUAAAAAAAAAAUUGAUUUGGUUUUUACAUGUUCUUUUUAACAUUCGGCAGUGCAUAUUUAUUUUAACUCUCUGAUGUUUGUCAUUUUCAUAUAUUAUGCUACUGUACUGUUUUCACAUUAUGUGUAAAUUAUGUUAUUUUUAUAAAAUGUAAGAUGUAAGUAAUCUUGACAGCACCUUAGUACUUAUACAGUAUACACUUUUGAUUGAUGCUUUUAGGAACUGGGAAAAUGGUUAAAAAGCUUAAAAAAGAACAAAUAAACCAAUGAAAUUGGUGUUGAGUGUUGACCAAAACUAUUCUUUAGGCAUGUACAAAACUACUUCAGAUAAUUGUGAGAGAAUUUUACAGAUAUAGUUAUUUAAUAAUCUGCAAACAUUAAUGUAUUAAAAAAAUUAACAUAAUAUGUGCAUGUACAAUUUAUUCUUCUUUCAUAUAAGAUAGCGUUUUCAAACACAUAUGUCUUGGACUGCUAUUAAUUGCUAUCACACCCACCUUCUAUUUUAGUUUAAUAUUACUAAUAUUUUUACAGACUGCCUAAAUUUUUUUAUUUUUUUUCCAAAGUGAUUUCCAUGUUAGAUAUUCUAUGAAACUCUUUUACGUGAUAAUUGAAAGUGAUUUUAACUACAACAGGACCUCCAGGACUUGUGUGGACUUGAAUUUCACAUAAUUUUUUUCCUUUUUCCUGAUUCCUAUUAAAAUAGGGGUGAAACUUCAACCAUCCUCGGUUCUUACAAGAUUUCACUCUUUGAGUAGCAGAGUUGGAGUAAAUAUUAUGUUUUUUUAUUUUAUUAAAAUACAAUUCAUCAUGUGUAUUUAAAAAUGCCUUCAAUCAUAUCAUUAGCUUGACAUGAAAAUUAAAAACUAGAUAAAUUACGUAAUACAUUUUUGGUCCCUGGCUUCACUACAAAGGUGCUGUCCUAAAUAUAUUUUUUUAUUUAAAUAAUUGUUCACUCUGUCAUAGUUUAAGAUUAUGUUUUGACAAUUACCUAAAAAUUUAAUUUUUGUUCUUGAUGAGUUUGGAAUGUUUUUAUGGUUAUCAGUAUUCUGGUUGUACAUCAAUGUUGAAAUAUUUUCUUUAUACAGAGUUUUUUUUUGUUGUUGCAUAACAUGCUAUCUGUAUAUCAAGAUAUUUGUAUAAGUUACAAUGUGUGAAAUAUUAAAUUUAUUUAUUGUCAGAACUGA